AUGGAGUACACGGCAAACACGUCGAAUCACCGCAGCCACCGCUCGGGGGCAUCUCACAGCUCAUACGGCAACGGCUCUCUCACGCCCGAGCAAAGUCAUCCGUCCCACUCGUUGUCCUUUCACGAGCAUCCCGACGGAAGCACGUACGGUUCACUGCCGUCGUCCGUCAUUGCGUCACCGAUGAUUGGCAACGGAUUCGACACCUUGCGGGCCCAUUCGCUGCCCGUGGCCUCACCCAACACGUUAUCCGAUUACACACAACUAAGCCCGGUGUCACCGACGGCGUAUUACGGAAGCCCAGACCGGGACAAUGAGCUGGACUCGCCGAGGAAGUCACCGGAAGACGGUCGUGCGUCCCGGAAGCGGUCUCAAUCGGGGCUCGACUAUCCGGUCUGCUGUUUGUACCCUGGAUGCAUGGCCAAGCCGUUCAGGCGGCGCGCCGACCUGGAUCGACACUACAAGCACCGGCACGCGCCCGAGUCGCAGAAGGUGUCGUUCAACUGCGACUAUCCCCGGUGCGCCCGUCAUCUGGAUCCAUUUCACAGGCUCGAUCACUUCCGCGACCAUCUACGAGACUUCCACAAGGAAGAAAUCGAGAAGCGAGGAGGCCCCGCACCCGAGGAGCGGUCCGGAAGCCGGCGGGCGUCCCCGACGUGGUGGCGAUGCUCCAAGUGCCUCAGGAGAGUCACGGUAGACCGUGGCGGCAAUGAGUGUCCCAACUGCACAAAAUCCAGCCAAGGCAAGCGAAGACAAUCACGGCGCAAAGACUGA